AUAAAAUGUUUAAAUCAUGGCAACAUAUUCAUAACGGGACUCCAAAGAUGUGGAUAUCAACACUUGGCUAUGAUUUUGGAUGUUAAAGAUAAGUUUGACAGCCGUUAUACAAAAAAGUACAUUGCAAUAAUGGCUGAUACAAUUAAGCCACUGAUUGUACCAUCAAAAGUUACACGUUAUUUGUGGAGCACUGGAGUAAUAAGUGAGGAAGAGGUACAGCUGAUAAACAAUGCCGAAAUGAUGCAAGGAAUUGAAAAGGCUGUGGAUACUCUGCUGGAUAAAAUGCAACAGAGGCAUGUGUAUUGGUAUAGUCAUUUUGUAGAAGCGCUGAGGCAUGCAGAAAUGUCUGAAGCCGUGGAACUCCUAGACAUUCCUGAGCUACACACCGAAUGCGCUGGAUUUCACCAACAUGGAGAUCAAAUUACUUUCAAUGCAACGCUUAAUAAUUUGCCUGCUGCGCCAGAACCACCGACAACACAAUACGGAAUUACCCAACUCCAUUUAGUACAGAACACGACACAUUUUACUGAGGAAGAGGACACAGAUACAGAUUUUGUUAUGGUGUCAGACAUUGAUACUCAGGGAGAAUUAUACGACGAUACUGUAUUACCGCCAGUCAUGGAUACUCAGGGAGAAACAUACGACGAUACUGUAUUACCGCCAGGUAAUAUCAAUGGAAUUUACCAGCCUUUGCAUUUUGUCACAUUCUAUGCAGUACCCGCUUUAGAUAAUAGUAUAUAUUCGAAGCAGAUUUCCUAA